UGGCACCGCCUCCGCCACGACCUGGAGCGGGCUCGACUGCUGUUGGAGCUCAUCAGGAAACGAGAGAAGCUCAAGAGAGAGGAGUUGAAGCUACAGCAGUCGGUGAUGGAGGCCCAGCUGACCCCCUUCAACAUCUUUCUGAGGGCGGUGCUUGGUCAGCUGCAGGCAAAGGACCAAUACAACAUCUUUGCUCAGCCUGUCAGCAUCAAGGAGGUCCCAGACUACCUGGACCACAUCAAGAACCCCAUGGACUUUUCCACUAUGAGGAAGCGAAUUGAUGAUCACUGCUACAGGAGUGUAGAUGAGUUUGAAGCAGACUUUAACCUCAUCAUUUCUAACUGCAUGACGUACAAUGCCAAGGAAACGUUCUUCUACAAGGCUGCUCAGCGGAUGCAGGACCAUGGAGGAGUCAUCCUCCGGAGAGCCUUUAAGGAUGCAGAGAGGAUUGGCUUUGACUUCCCCAGCGGCUUGCACUUGUCAGGUGCUCCAAAGUUGGAGCCACCACCCCCCUUCUCCUGGGAGGACGUGGACCGCCUGCUGACCCCAUCCUACCGUCAGCUGACCCCUCUAGAGGAUCAACUGAAGGAGCUCCUAGAGAAGCUGGACCUAAGCACUGCCAUGAGACACAGCCCAUCUCGCAGCAAGAGGCUCAAGCUUCUGAAAAAAGCCAUCAUGGAGGUCCGCAGUGAGAUGAGCUUAAAGAAGUCCCUUCCCCCACCCCUAUCACCCCCCACCAUGGCUCCAGUUCCUAUUGCCCCGCUGCCAGAGGAGACGGCACCACCUGAAGCCCCAGCACACUCUUUAGCGCCACCGACAUUAGAGCCUUUGACCUCAUUGUCUCAACCCAAAACCUCACCCAGCACCUCGGAGCCCCCGCCCCUGAAACCUGUCAUGCCCUUUUCAGACCAGACUCCCAUGGAGCUGGAUGACAUCACCAACACAUCUACCUCAGUGCUCACAGAUAUUCCCAACGGACACAUUCCAGACCACCCACUUCCCAACGGUGACAUUCACACGGAAACAUCCAGAACCUACAACCGACGGACCAACAACCUUUUCCGCAAGUCCAAGAGCGCCAGUCCACAGAAACCACCCACGAGUCAAGAGGUGUUGGUUGUGUCGCCAUCACCCCUGGGCAACAAAACCUUUUUGUCUGUGGUGAUCCCUCGACUGGAAACCCUCCUGCCGAAGACGAGAACUCGCCGCAGCAGCAGCACGGAUGGUGAGGAGGAUGGGGAGACGCCAAUCAAACGUCUCUGCACAGGGAUAACAAAUGGUUUUGUGGUGGAGGAGAAGGUGGUGGCUCCGUCGCCACGUUUGCUGGAGCCACGUCGCCGCUGUGCCUCAGAGUCCAGCAUAUCCUCCAGUGGCAGCCUUCUCUGUGGGACCGGCUCCAUCGUUGUGUCUAAAACUGUAAAAGGACGGCCAGCGGUGGCUCGACGAAGCACUGUGGAUGACAGAAGCACAUUGACCCGCUGUGAAAAUGGUGAUUUCAGUAAAGCUACCAAGACCUCUUCAGAGGUGUGGAAGCCCGCCGCUGCUUCUCCAUUUGUUCUGGAACCUCAUAAACUAGUUUGGGCUAAAUGUAGUGGAUAUCCCUCCUUCCCUGCCCUGAUCAUGGAGCCUCGAGUUCGGAGGACAGCGUUGCGGCACAGCGAGGUGGAGCUUUCCAAACCACCGCUGGACGUCCUCAGAGCCGGAGAGCAGAUGCAGUUCAGGUCCGCAGAGAAACUAUUCCUCGUCCGCUUCUUCGACAGCAAACGCAGCUGGCAAUGGCUUCCUAGAUCCAAGAUGGCUCCCUUCGGGAUGGACAAGACGUUCGACCGAGCAAAAAUGAUGGAGGCUCGUGCUUCUUCCAUCAGAAAGUCUGUGCGGCUGGCGUUUGACAGAGCCAUGGACCACCUGAACCGUGUCAGCAGGAAGUUGGAGCUGAGCAGUAGCCUCACAGUCACAGAGUGAACAACCUCCCUCUCCACCAGCCACCUCUGUCAGAUUCACCAUCACAGCAGAGACGACACACACACACACACACACACAUAUUUGUGUUUACCAUUACCUGUGAACUGGAAUCAGAUUGUCUCUUCACACAACGAUCUGAAUUACUGUAUUUGGUGAUCCUGUUUGUCAAAGAGCUAUGCAAUUAAAACAACUCAGUUAGCAGCUGCAUAUAGUAAAAAAACCCAAUAAAAACCACGACUUCUGCUGUGAGGAAUGAAACGCUGCAGGAUGAAUGUGUCAGAUGUUGACUUCUGACCACUUUACAUGUGCUGCAAGACUGCUGCGACGAUGUCACUGCCAUGAAGUUGUCCGUAUGCGUGUGAGUGAGUGACAGCAGCAGAUCGUGUAAAUACCCCUACAUGGCCUGACACUAUCAGUCUGUCUUUGGUACACGACGUCGCCCUCAUAAUUAUCUAGUCAUCAUCAUCAUCACGACCGGCGCGGACAGCGUUGGUGUUUCUGCUGGUGCUAUCUCCUCAGAGAGAAACUAAACUCUUUUAUUCUCACUUCUUUUUACGGUUUUUGUAAGUUAUUGAGUUCUCAAGUUUGUGUUCUUCAUGGCAUUAAUUAUUGUGUGUGUGUGUGUGUGUGUGUGUGUGUGUGUGUGUGUGUGUGUGUGUGUGUGUGUGUGUGUGUGUGUGUGUGUGUGCGUGCGUGCGCGCAUCAUGUGUGUGGUUGUGUGUGCGCGUGCAUGCGUGCGGGUUUGUGUGUGUGUGCAUGCGCGUGCAUGCAAGUGUGUGUGUGUGUGUGUGUACCUCUGUUUUUUUACCUAAAUGUUUUUACUGGACUACUUUUUUGUUUGUAGAUAUUUAUAUAAAAUCUAUAUAGAGGCUCUGAACGUUUAAAGGCCUGAAGUGCAUCAUUCACACCAAAACCAAAAAAAGAAGAAAUCUGCUGCCCACAAGUUUCCCACUAAACUGUUUGCUUUCUUUUAAAAACUCCUUUGUGUUUCCGGUUUUUGGGCCUUUGGGUUUGUGUGCUGUGAUGAUUUGAAGUCUUUAGAGUAUCACGUCAUCUCUGUGUUAGCUGAACUGGAGCGGCGGCGGAGACCAUGUGCCUGUAAUAAUUUAUUGUAAAGCAUCACUUUAUGGAGAGGCUGUGGUGAGACGGCUCUGCAGGCACUAGAACCGACACAUAGAGACCCUUUGUCUUUUGUUGUGAUUGUUUCUUUUUUUUAAUUAUCAUUUGGGUUUUAGCAUUACAUUUGAGCGGUGAGGUGAUAGUGUUUGUUUUUUUAUUCAGACGGGGAAGCAGUGGGUAGCCUAGCUGUUUUCUUUGGACCCUCUGGAUGUGGAUGUUGUGUGUAAAUAGAUUUGGUACUUUUAGCUGAUUCUCUGGGAAUAAUAAAAACAGUUGUAGCUGACGGGCACAGAAACCAGCCCACAGCAGGCUGGUGACAUUUUUUAUACUAAAACACUGAAAAUUAAAAUAUGUUAUGGAAUCA